AAAAAAAAAAAAAAAAAAAAAAAAAAAAAACACAUAACUGGGAAGUGAGCGUCGGCAAAUUUUGUCCGCUCCUCGUGCCCUCGACUCCGACCACACGGCGUCGACCGCCGCUCCGUCGACAGAAGAAAAGGAGAUACAGCAAGGAGGGAUUCGGAGGCGGAGUCUUAGGUGGGAAUGCUUUGGCUCUUGGCAUCGAGGUUUGGCCAUCUGCGGAACCACCCUGUCCUUGGUUUUCCAGGUCGCCAGAGAUGUAUACACAGCCGGAACAAGAAGGCGAUGGAGCUGGUAGCAAAAGGGUGGAGCGCGCUCCAGGAAGUCGAUAGGGUCAUCGACUAUGCCGACCGCAACGAUCCCCGUCUAAUUCCCCUCCUUAGAUCUGCGAAGGAGAAUUUUGAGUUAGCUCUCGAGGUUGACAAUAUGAAUACUCAUGCAAGAUACUGGUUGGGAAGGAUGCAUUUCAAAUAUCAUGUCCCUGGGGCUUGUAAGGCCAUUGGAGCUGCUUUAUUGGUGGAAGCUGCCAACAUGGGUGAUGCGGAUGCACAAUAUGAACUUGGUUGUCGUCUGCGAGUUGAGAAUGACUAUGUUCAGUCAGAUCAGCAGGCUUUCUAUUACUUGGAGAAGGCAGUUGACCAGCUGCAUCCAGGAGCUCUGUAUCUUCUAGGUGCUGUAUAUUUGACUGGGGAUUGUGUGAAGAGAGAUGUCGCUUCGGCAACGUGGUGUUUCCAUAGAGCAUCAGAAAAGGGCCAUGCAGGAGCUGCAAUUGCAUAUGGAUCACUUCUUCUGAAAGGUGUAGAAGUCCCAGAAGUUAUCACGAAAUUCAAUUCGAGUAGGAGCCCUUCUACAGGGAAGGCAAGGAAGAAAGGUCUAAUGUUUAGACAGGACCCUGUGAAGUUGGCGAAGGAACAGUUUCAGAUUGCUGCCCAAGCAGGGUGCGACCUUGGCUUAAAGUGGCUGAAGAGGCUCGCUGAUAAUGAGAAACAGGAGGUAAAGGCGAUUCAGUAAAGGGCAUUCGUGCCGGAUUUAGAAUGUUGUCGUGCUACUAUUACACGGAGAAAUUUUGUUGAGCACCUUGCAGCACCUGAGCCAAAGAUUAUUUGUGUUAAGUAGUUAAAAAAAGGUUGAAAGAUUUCAUUAUUAUGGGUUUAAAAUGUAUCUGCUUCGGUUGCACAAGUCGAAUCGACCUAGCUUGUGAUUGUCUGCUUUGGAGACUGGGCUGCAGCCUAUUGAAUGGAAUGUAAAAGGACUGUUAACAGCUUCAAAACAUUCACAUAGUUUGCUUGUUCUUACUUCAUUUGUCAGCCUGUACACGUAUAUGUACUGAUGUGUUCUUUCAGUUGUCCCUUGAGGUGCAGUGGUCACUGUACUGGCUAUGAAAGUUGGUCUGUCUUCGGACACAUCUUAAACUAUUAAGCAUUGGACAGAUUAGUCAGUCUGGAGUUUCUAGUUGAAAUAAGAUGAUACUUGGAAUCUUGA